GCAUUUUACACUGCGACUCAAGGAAGGGACUCCAUUCGAGCUUUGUUGUUAUUAUUCUGAGCUAACUGUCAGCCAAAAAGCCACCUGUUCUAAACCUAAACGACAACAUGUCUUCAGAUUUUGAAGCCUACGAGCAGGACUUUGGAACUGUUACAGCAGAAAUAACUAACAAAAUUGGCAGAAUUCCUAAACUAAGUGGAGAGGAGAAGACACAGCUGGUUCUAAAUGUUGACAAACAGCUUGAAGAAGUCAGAGAGUUGCUGGAGCAGAUGGACCUGGAGGUGCGGGAGAUUCCCAUCCAGAGUCGAGCCAUGUACAACAGCAGACUGAAGAGCUACAAGCAGGAAAUGGAGAAGCUCGAGAAGGACUUUAAAAGGUCACGUAUUGCCUACAGUGAUGAGGUGCGCAACGAACUCCUGGGGGAUGACGCCAGCUCCUCCGAGAGCCAGUUGAUAAAGUUACGUGAAGAGAGAGCACAUCUGUUGGACAACACAGAGAAGCUGGAAAGGUCAUCACGGAGACUGGAGGCCGGCUACCAGAUAGCAGUAGAAACUGAACAAGUGGGUCAGGAGAUUCUUGCCAACCUUCACAGUGACCGUGAGAAGAUCCAAAGAGCCAGAGAAAGACUGAGAGAAACAGACGCCAACCUGGGCAAGAGUUCUCGCGUCCUUACUGGCAUGCUGAGAAGGAUCAUCCAGAAUCGUAUCCUGGUCUUCAUCCUCGGAGCCAUCAUCCUUCUCACCAUCAUCCUGGCCAUCUAUUUCAAUCUGCGAGGCCACUGAUCUUCCCAGUACACACCCCUCCCCACCCUGACACAAAUACAAACACACACACGUGAUUAAUAGCGACAAAAGCGUUGUUCUGCUGUAAUUAGGACAAAUGGUCCCCAUGAAUCACUGUUUCCAAAGCUCGACAGGGAGCUUUUUUCCGUCUUCUUCUCCUUUUCUGUUUGCUCUCUCCUCCUCUCUUUCUUUACCUCUGUACCUUUUUUUUCUCCACUUUGCACCUCUCUUUCUCUUUCUUUCUUCUUUUUCUUUUCUCCUCUUCAGCUUUGUCCUCUCUCUGUCAGGCUCUCUUACAUCUCCAGGGACAAGAAUGAGGGGAGAUGUUUUUAAGAUAGUUAAUACUUUUCAAGGUGUCAUCCUCAGUGUAUUUAGCAGCUCAUCUUGUCCCCAAGUGAACAAGGCCUGGGGAUUUUUUGUAAGUCGAAGCGGAUUCAGACAUGUAGAUUUUCUUUUUCUGUGAAGGAGGCGGGCCCAGUGUUAUUCCGGGUUUAUGUAUGGAUGCAUGAGAGACAGAGAGAAAGAGAGCUAUAAGAGCGCUGUGCACAUGUAUGUAUGUUCGCACAUGUGCACGAGCGAGUCAUUGAUUGGGGGACCCACACUGUGUUUGUUAUUAACACCAACAGUAGACACACAUACUGUAGUAUGUAUGAGCUUCUGUAACUAAAUGAUUCAGCUGUUUUUCAUGUAGCCCUGGCACAGCAAAGAGAGCAGUGCCUUCAGAUAAGAUAUGCUGUACACACUCCUUCUUUAAAAAGCUCAGCAGAGCCCAAAAUAGACAAGUGGCGCUACCUUGAAAAGAGAGGAUGCACAUAAAAAGGUUGAGGUCAGUUCAGUCAAUCAAUGUGAAAGUUAAUUUUUAUCAAGAAGAAAUGGUUUAUUUUGAAUUAUUGCAUUUAGGAACAGAUAUAUGAACCUUUCAAGACAGUUGGGAGAUUGAAAAAAUAAAAUAAAACAAAAUGUACUCUUUUAAUAUGUUUUUAAUACAAAAGGGAACUGACCCCAAUCUUGACAAAUACAAUACAGAGAAAGGUACAAUUCCCCUGGAGCCCCAAACACAGAUUUCCAGAGCUAAACCUCAUUAACUUUUUAGCAUAACUGCCAUUGUAGGUAAUUAAAAGCAUCAUACUGUAUGUACUAACAUUUAGAUCUACAUCAUGAAUAGUGUUUUGAUCUCAAUACAAGUGAUUCUGUUACUAUUUAUUUAUAAAUGCAUAAAUGAGAUUUCAAUUAAAGUUUCUGUGCUAGAACUGUAUAUUUUAUUAUUUCAUGAAGUUUAUAGGUAUUCAGAAUUAACAUUGACUGCAUUCUUUUGUUUUUCUUGAUUUUGGGUGUUCAGAGAUUAGACUAAAUGCAGACUGCAUUCAGCACCAACUUAAAUGUGUAGUUUUCUAGCUUUGUGUCUUAAAGGUUUUAUUUUUCUUCUGUUCUUAUAAAUGGAUCUAAUUUGUUUUAGAAUCGUUUUUUUUUUGUUUUGUUUUUUUUUUGUUUUUUUUUGUUCUAUAUUUUCUCUGUCAAGUUCUAAAGAUUUUGAUGCGGUCCUGGUUUCUGUGUUUAUCGGUACACUGACUGAUGAUGUGAUACAUUUGCAGGUGUUUAAGAAGUGUGUGCAUGAGCUUACUGCUAUUCAAUUCUUCAGGGGAAAGCCAUUCUUCAGGGGGACUUGGGGAAAUCUAAAUUUUAGACCAUACUUGGACAAUUUCUGAAGUUGAGACUAUUGAAGGUAAAGUCGUGCCCGCUACAAACACACACACACUUACACACACAGGAGCAGAGUACUGGAUUGUGCAUGUGUCUCCUGUGGCUGGUGUGGUGGUUCCCGGCGAGGACAUUUGCUAUUCUGUUUUAGGGCCACGGUCUUCAUUUUCGAAGAUGCAGGGGUGUCUGGGUGUUGAACACCCCCACCACCCCAAUACACAUAUAGAGACACACACACACACACCCUCCUAGCAACCACCAUUUCACAGGCCCUCACCAGCCGCAGCUCCACAGUCUGCUUCAAAGCCUCAAAUUAAUGGCCAACAAAAUAGUGUGCCUCUGACCGUCCCAUGCGGGGCCGACCCACCAAGACUUAUCAUUAAAGACAAGGAAUAAUGAAAAAAGGAGGGAGAAGGAAGGAAGUGA